AAGAAUUCACGUUCUUUGUGAAGACCUAUAAAUACUAACAGACACACAGAAGAAAGAGACGAGGGAACUUUAAUGGGAGAAGGAAGAGAAUAGGGGACUUGAAAGGGAAGGGCAAGUGCGGGCCAAGGGGAUCGGCAUCGAAGGUUUACAAAAAGCAAUAAAGAAGAGAAGUUCGAAGGGUCCCCUCGCAUUGAUCUUCUUCUUCUUCUUCUUCCCUUUUCCUCUGUCGGACCAAUCCUUAUCCCUCGAUUCCUUUCUCUUUUUCUUUUGUUUUUCGUUGAUCGGAGAAAGGUCAGAUGGAGUCUGUGAUGUCGAAUUCUCACGAUAUAGUCGACACAAGAUCCGCUUUUUCGUCUAAACCGGAGAAGAUCAUCAUUGAUACUGAUCCUGGAAUCGAUGACAGCAUGGCUAUCUUCAUGGCAUUUCAAACACCAGAGGUGGAGGUCUUAGGUUUGACUACAAUAUUUGGUAAUGUUAGUACUGAAGGCGCUACACGGAAUGCUUUGCUCUUGUGUGAGAUGGCAGGGCAUCCUGGUAUACCUGUCGCACAAGGCAGCUCUGAACCUCUAAAGGGAGGAAUACCACGUGUUUCCGACUUUGUUCAUGGCCCUGAUGGGUUGGGGAAUGUAUCUCUUCCACCCCCCAAAGAAAAGAAAAUUGAGAAGAGUGCUUGUGAAUUUUUAGUUGACAAGGUCUCUGAAUAUCCUGGUGAGGUAUCCAUACUUGCAUUGGGACCACUAACAAAUUUAGCUUUGGCAAUCAAAAGGGAUUCAUCGUUUGCAAGCAAGGUGAAGAGACUGGUAGUACUCGGUGGGGCUUUCUUUGCAUCCGGAAAUGUCAAUCCUGCAGCUGAAGCUAAUAUCUAUGGUGAUCCAGAAGCAGCUGAUAUUGUGUUUACCUCCGGAGCAAAUAUUGUUGUGGUUGGCAUAAAUAUUACAACCCAAGUCAAACUAACAGAUGAAGACCUCUCUGAAUUGAGGAAUUCCGAAGGGAGAAAUUCUCAUUUCUUAGGUGAAUUAUGCCAAUUUUACAGAGAUUGGCAUGUGAAAUCUGAUGGUGUCUAUGGCAUUUUCCCUCAUGACCCGGUGAGUUUUGUGGCACUUAUCCGUCCUGACCUUUUUACUUUCAAGGAGGGGGUCGUGAGGGUUGAAACUCAGGGUAUAUGUGCUGGACAUACACUAAUGGACCAAGGACUGAAAAAAUGGAACUCGAUCAACCCUUGGUCAGGCUAUUCCCCUGUUUCAGUUGCAUGGACGAUUGAUGUGGAGGCAGUUGUUAUGUAUAUAAAGGAACUUCUCACAAAGCCAUGAAGCUAUGCACAUGGAACCACAGAAGUGAAGCAUAUGCAGCUAGUGUAUGAGCAACAAGUACAUUUUUGAAGAGCAACGAAGGUGUGAUGAUUUAUAUAAGUACCGCAAUCUCUUUCACUAUAUGGAGGAAGAAUUGCUUGUUUAUGCCCCUCCACAUCAUGAAGCAUUAUAUUUGUUCCUCGGCAAUAUCCAGCAUGCUUUAGUCAUGCAUUCAAUUCUUCAAGUGUAUGCGAUCUGAUAAGGGAUGUGACUCAUAACAGGCCAUGAGCGAAUCAAUCUGGUUCUUUACUUCAAUCCUGCUGUAGUCACUACCCAGCCUCUUUUUCAACUUUUCUUUCAUUCAAUAGCUUCCUCACCUUGGCUCUCUCUUCCCAUUUUCCAACUGCUGCCUAGCUACAUGUUUGAUAGCAACACAGGCCCCUGAAUCUUGUGGCUCAAGAGAUUUCAGGGUUUCUUGCUGUGAGCUUUCCCAACAAUUGAUUGCCAUAUUUAGAUGUAUAGAGCUGUAGAGGUAUUGUCUCA